AUGCUAAGAACUCAAGCUGCCAGAUUAAUUUGUAAUUCUCGCGUGAUUACUGCCAAGAGGUCUUUGACUCUUGCAUCUCGUGCUGUCGCCAUGAGACCAACCGUUAGAUUCAUUAAACCAACUAUUGCUACUCGUGGUCUCAAACAAAUCAAUUUCGGUGGUACUGUUGAAACCGUCUACGAAAGAGCCGACUGGCCAAGAGAAAAAUUAUUGAACUAUUUCAAGAAUGAUACUUUUGCCUUGAUUGGUUACGGUUCUCAAGGUUACGGUCAGGGUUUGAACCUUAGAGACAAUGGUUUAAAUGUCGUCAUUGGUGUCAGAAAGAACGGUGCUUCUUGGAAAGCAGCUAUUGAAGAUGGUUGGAUUCCAGGUGAAAAUCUUUUCGAAGUCGAAGAAGCCGUAAAGAGAGGUACUUACGUUAUGAACUUAUUAUCUGACGCUGCACAAUCUGAAACUUGGAGCAAGUUGAAGCCAUUGAUCACUAAAGGCAAGACUUUAUACUUCUCUCACGGUUUCUCACCAGUUUUCAAGGAUUUAACCCACGUUGAACCACCAAAGGAUGUUGACGUUAUCUUAGUUGCUCCAAAGGGUUCUGGUAGAACCGUCAGAUCUUUAUUCAAGGAAGGUCGUGGUAUUAACUCUUCAUAUGCUGUAUGGAAUGAUGUUUCUGGUGCAGCCCAUGAGAAAGCUCAAGCAUUAGCUGUUGCUAUCGGUUCUGGUUACGUUUACCAAACCACAUUUGAAAGAGAAGUCAACUCCGAUUUAUACGGUGAAAGAGGUUGUUUAAUGGGUGGUAUCCACGGUAUGUUCCUUGCACAAUACGAAGUCUUGAGAGAAAAUGGCCAUACACCAUCUGAAGCCUUCAAUGAAACCGUUGAAGAGGCUACUCAAUCUUUAUACCCAUUGGUUGGUAAGUACGGUAUGGAUUACAUGUACGAUGCUUGUUCCACCACCGCCAGAAGAGGUGCUUUAGACUGGUACCCAAUCUUUAAGGAUGCUUUGAAACCAGUAUUCCAAGAUUUAUACGAAUCUACCAAGAAUGGUACCGAAACUAAGAGAUCCUUAGAAUUCAACUCUCAACCAGACUACAGAGAAAAACUAGAAUCUGAAUUAGAAACUAUCAGAAACAUGGAAAUCUGGAAGGUCGGUAAAGAAGUUAGAAAAUUAAGACCAGAAAACAACUAA